AUGUCAGUAUCCUCACGCCAGGCCCAAUUAGAUCGCGAGAUUAAUAGAAUCAUCAAAUGUCGCACUGAUACUGCCGUUUCGGAAGCGCAACGAGAGAUUGAAACCAACCAUGCAUCGAUCAACGAAACACAACUCAAGAAGCUGAUGGACUUGCAUGACAAUGUCCUACAGAACCGAGGUGCUCUACCUUUGCAAAAGCUGUAUAAUAAAUACAGCCAGCUGAAUCUUCAGGAAGGGGAUCUUCAAAACUGGGCAGAGCUGAUGGAUCGCAAUUUGAGGGUUUUGGAAGCUACUGUGGAAAAAGCUAAGGCCAAUAGACGAGAAGAGUUGUGA